AUGGAUACUACCAGGCCUUCCUCGAAUUCUUCUAGUCGCGCAGAGAGAUCUACUCGCUCAAAUAAUAAAGUCGAAUCUCCACGAAAGUCGACUCCAGCCGCCUCACUUUCCUCGGACUCUCCUGACGACACAAUCACGGCCGAAGAUAGUUCCUCGACACGUCGAAAGCGAGGUCGAGUUGAUGGAGGUGAUAAGAUACAAAAAGGACAAUUAGUUGAUGAAGACACAGUCAUUGGUGUAGAUGAGGGAGGCGAUGACGAUGAAGCUGUUCGAUGCAUCUGCGGUUACGAUGAAUAUCCCGGACCGCCACAACUCGAGGACGACGAUAACAAGAAUAAUAUAAAAGAUGGAAUUGAGGAGCCAGUCAUAACAGCAGCGGAUUUUACAGAAGAUUUGGCGGGAUUUUUUCUACAAUGCGAUGUUUGCAAAGUCUGGCAACACGGCGGAUGUGUUGGAAUUAUGAACGAAGAUACAAGUCCCGAAGAAUACUUUUGCGAACAAUGUCGUAAAGAACUUCACAGAAUUCGUUCGGCGUCAAAUGGACAACGCUACUCUUUAUACCUACCCCUUCACCCGAAUCUCUCCAGAACAACCUCUCGAGCGGCUUCAUUUUCCAAAGACGGCACAAGAUCACCGAAGGGUGGUAAGAAUGCUCGACCCAGCUCCAGCUCUGCAAGCACAAAGAGGCGCUCAACAAUGAAUAGUAGAGAUGCUGCGUACUUUGAAGCUGCUGAAGAAGAAGCACUUCGAAAAGCCAUAGCAGCUAGUGUCGCAGAUAUCCCAGAAAGUAUUGAUGGCCGGAGUCGCAAAGCAAAAAGAAGCCGGAGCGACAGCGAAGACAAACACGAUGGACCCAAAAGGCAACGGACGGACUCGGCUUCUCCUACUCCUGAAGACGAUGAGAAACCACAAGAGGCACCCCACUCUCAAGCAGAAUCUGAGGAUAGCACAAUCGUGGGAAAUGGUCGAUUUGGAGCAGCUAAGAAGAUAAGGGGAGCAGCAGCUAAAAACCAUAGAGAAAAGGAAUUAAGGGAAGAACGAGAAAGGUCGAGGCUGGAAGCCGCAAAUAAAAGAAAAGGUCGAGCUGAACGGCGAAGGAUUGAAGAUUCAGAACCUAUUGAAGAGACACCGCCGGCGAUAAAACCUCCAAGCAAGAACCCUGAGGUAUCCGCGCAACCUCCAGAUCCGCCCCCAGUGUCACAAACGAUAGUGCCAGAUACACCUCCCCCAGUUCUGCCGCCAGUUUCGCAUAAGAAGGGUGGCAGACCUCCCAAUCCUCGAAAGGGUAAAUCGGGCAAGAAUCAAUACACUAGGGAAAGGGACGAUAACAACGCUCAAUCUCCCAAUCGAUCUCAAUCUAGAGAUAUUCCACGUACAGACGAUAACGUACAGACAACGACUAGCAGAGCUUCACACAAUGAGAGCAAGACUAGUAAGGCAAAGACCAGCGUAGGAAGCAAAAUUAGUAUGGCUGAGAUGAGGAAACGUGCUACAAAUAUCCUCGAUUUUAUAUCACGAACUCAAAUUGAAUUGGCUGCAGACCCGUCAAUACUUCCAAGUGGCAGUGGAGCAGAGAAAUCUAUUCGGGGACUGGUCGAAGAGACUCUCCCUAUGAUACAACUUAAUGGCGCAAAUGGAAAACAGGUGGCUCGAGGCGAAAGUGAAACACCAAAGGAAUUUAAGGAUUUAACGUGUCUGGAAAUGAUGGACAUUCUUACUAGGCAAUUAGUCAAAUGGCAAAAGGAGAUGGAUCUUAAGAUGGAUCUUGAAGUCGAGGGAAAAGUAGCCAUCGUCACUGGCGCGGGUUCAGGUAUAAAUCUCGCAUUCGCGACUCUCCUCCUCUCAAAAGGUUGCAAUGUGGUUAUAGCCGACCUCUCCCUCCAACCCGCCGCAACCCAACUCCUCACCACCUACACCUCCACUUCCCCGGAUCCCUCAUCCCCCAGUACCCCCACACCCCCACAAUGUCUGUACCACUCCACCGAUGUCACAUCUUGGCCUGCACUCACCUCCCUCUUCGAAUUCACCCUCUCCCAUUUCCCAGCAGGAAUAGACAUCCUCGUCCCCGGCGCCGGACUCUUUGAUCCCCUCUUCUCCAACUUCUACAAUCCCCCCGGAACCCCCCUCUCCCAAGAUACUCAUCAUCUAAGUCCCCCUCCCUCUCUCCAGCAACCCCUCGAAGAAAAACAAUCAAACACCACAUCUCCCAAAGUCAACCCCUUCCCCGGCUCUUUCCACACUCUCAACGUAAACAUAACGCACCCAAUCCGUCUCACGCAAAUGGGAGUCGAGUAUUGGACCUCGUCCAAAAGAAGCGGAAGAGUAAUUUGUGUGGGGAGCGUAGCGGGUCAAAUAGGAGUUAUGGAAACUCCGCUGUAUCACACGAGCAAAUUUGCGAUUACGGGGUUUGUGAGGAGUAUGGCGGGGUUGGAAGAGUUGGGGAUUAGGGUCACGGCUAUUGCGCCGGCGCUUGUGCAGACAGCAAUCUGGUCUCAUCAACCCGACAAAAUGACUAUGUUAACCUCUGAUCAAAAAUGGAUUCCCGCUGAGACAGUCGCAGAAGCUAUGUUAGAACUGCUUACUCGAGAAGACUAUGUAGGCGGGACGGUUUUAGAAGUUAGUGGGUGUGGGACUAGGGUUGUGAAGAUGAUUGGGGAUGAAGGGCCGACGUUUGAGCCGGGGUAUAUGAUUGGGAAUUUGAAGGGGUAUAAGGAGGAGAUUUAUGAGAAAUUGAGGGAGGGGAAGAUGGGGAUGUGA